UUGGUGUCGGUAUCGGAAUCAUUGUUCAUAAUUUCAAGCGGUGACCGACCCAACCUAUCCAUCCAUCUACCUACUUAGUACUCUUUUUAGUCUGAAGAAUCUAAACAUCCAUCUUUGAUUAACGAUCAAGCUACUAUCUCACUAAAAAUCGCAACCGAGGCCGACCGCUGCUAACUACUGAGAUUGGUGUCUACCCUACCCGUUGACGAACCAUCAGCCCGACCCUGCCGGUCACCCUACUUUUAAAUUACCUGACGGGUCCUUGGUGAAAGUAACUCCGUCAUAUCCGUACUAAAAGCUACUUUACUCUAGCUCGGCUUCUGGAAGAUCCUCGUGCUUGUUACUCGUUAGCAUACCCAUCCUUAAUUCAAUGUCCCUGUUCCUAUCGGUCCUACCUGCAGCUGCGCGGCACCUCCCUUCCCCGCGCACUGCUACUGCUGCUACUACUGCUGUUACUACUGCUGCUGCGAACAUGGUGCGAGCGAAUCAUGUAAGCCGUGGAUUAGAAUCCAUCAUGGCACAUGCCCGGCUUUCUCUCCCCCGUAAUUUUCACCGCGUUUCCCUCGCUUGCUAUUAUCCCCCUUCGUCCCGCCCCACCGUCGCGACACGAACUUUUGCGUCCAGGCGAGCCGCCGCCAUCUCGACUCCCUCGGGCCUAGAUUCGGACCACCACCUGACGGCGGCUAGGGAAUGGGUCGCUAGGCUCAAUUCAAAGGCUAUCACCAUCCCGCGUGACAUCUGCGAGAUUUCCUUUAGUCGUUCUAGUGGCCCUGGAGGUCAAAACGUGAACAAGGUGAACUCGAAAGCCACAUUACGAGUCCCCCUCAAAUCGUUACUGCCUUUCGUCCCCCAACUUCUACAUGCCCCGCUGCAAGCGUCUCGAUACGUCGCGGCGAAAUCCCAGUUUCUGGUCAUUCAAUCGGAUGAGUCGCGCAGACAGACCGCCAAUGUGGAGGCUUGCUACGAUAAGCUCCACCAGCUCCUCAAGAGCAUAGCAGAGGACACGAUUCCCGGAGAGACUUCGCAAGAACAACGUGACAAGGUACAAAAACUAAAAAAAGCUGCAAACGAAGCCCGCAUCAAGUCGAAGAAAAUGCACAGCAGCAAAAAGAGCAGCCGCCGGGGUAGUUAUGACGACUAACAAACAUGCUAACUUUUCAUCACCUAAUAACCAAGAGGACCUUUCCCUCAUUCUCAUUGCCCAUUAAGCUUGCGACGGAAAAAGCCCGAUAAACGCCGAUGAAUGAUUUAAAAGAAAUGUAAGCUCUAUGCUUCCUGUACAAUGCGUUCCGCGUUACGGAUAGUCGCAGAAAUCGCCUUUUGG